GCGUGCAAAACCAUCUAGCAGAGACUAGAGAUAAGCAAGCAUAAUAAUCCAGGCUAUUAAUCAACAUCUUUGAGCAAAUGGGAGGUGUUGGUAGUGUUCGCCGAUGGAUAUCUUGCACGCUGCUCAUCGCUGCCAUCUUCCUCUCCUUUGAUCACCAGCAGGCCUGUGCCGCGGGCGCGUACGGUGUCUGCUACGGCUUCAUCGGCGACAACCUGCCGUCGCGGGCGGAGGUGGUGCAGCUCUACAAGUCCCGCAACAUCAGCGCCAUGCGCAUCUACCACCCUGACCCGGAGGCCCUCGCGGCGCUGCGCGGCAGCGGCAUCGCCCUCGUCCUCGACGUGGGCGGCGUGGACGCGAUCCGCGCCCUCGCCGGCAGCGCCGCCGCGGCGGCCGUCUGGGUCGAGGCCAACGUCCAGGCCUACUACCCGGACGUCCUCAUCCGGUACGUCGCCGUCGGCAACGAGGUCCCCGCCGGCGACGACGCCGCGGGGCUCAUCCUCCCGGCCAUGCGGAACGUGCGCGCCGCGCUCGCGGCGGCGGGGCUCGCGGGCGCCGUCAGGGUGUCCACGGCGGUCCGGAUGGACGUGAUCACCGACUCCUUCCCACCGUCGCGCGGCGUGUUCAGCGCCAGCGCGGGGCGGCACAUGCCGCCCGUCGCGCGGUUCCUGGCCGACACCGGCGCGCCGCUGCUCGCCAACGUGUACCCCUACUUCGCCUACAGGGACAACCCGCGCGACAUAGCGCUCGCCUACGCGACGUUCCAGCCGGGCGCGGCCGCCGUGAGGGACGGUGGCAGCGGGCUGGCCUACACGAACCUCUUCGCCGCCAUGGUGGACGCCAUCCACGCCGCGCUUGAGAAGGCCGGGGCGCCGGGGGUCGGGGUCGUCGUGUCGGAGAGUGGGUGGCCGUCGGCGGGAGGGUUCGCGGCGACCGUGGAGAAUGCGCGGAGGUACAACCAGGGCCUGAUCGACCAGGCAUACCGGGGCACGCCCAAGAGGCCCGGGGUGCUGGAGACGUACGUGUUCGCCAUGUUCAACGAGAACCAGAAGCCCGGGGAUCCGACGGAGAGGAACUUUGGGCUCUUCUACCCUAACAAGCAGCCUGUAUACCCGAUUAUCUUCCCCAAUUAGCAUUGCAGUUCAGAUUUGGAGUA